AGCUAUCAGCUAUCCCUCAAUUCAAUUGGACUUGAAUAAUUUCAUGUUCUUCGACAUUUAAGAAGAUCUACAACAGUAGAGACAGAGACAGAGACAGAGACCCACAUGGUUUCACUCUCAAGUUCAGCUCCAUCAACCUUCCAAACCCUCCAUAACCCACUUCUCACAUCAAGGUAAGCUGCCCUCUCUCUCCCUGUCCCUCUUAUUAUAGAUAAUAUUAGCUAUAUAGAUAUGCACAACACCUAUAUAUAUUCACUAAGAAGCAAAGGCCCUCUUUCCUUUUCCUUUAAUGACUACUCCUACUUCUUCAAUGAAAGAUUUGAUAGAACCCCAUUUCAAAUAUCAUCAUCAUCUUGUUGUGCUUGUGCUUGUUGUUCUUGCUGUACAUUUUCGACUCACAGUCAUAGGGUGCCCACAAGCCCUACAUUUUUAUGUGGGUUGAGGCAGUCCACCCUGCUUCAAUGCUCAGCUUCUAGAAGGCUGAUCUUGGGAAGUGGAAACCGCUACUAUAACAGGCUUCCAGUCCAGCAUUUGGACCGGGGUUGUUAUGAGGUUUCUUGCUCUCUCAAGGAGACUAGUGUGAGUAAUAGGCGUAGAAGAAGAAGAAGAAGAAGAAGAAAUGAGAGAUGUACUUGUAUGGUUUCAGAGGAGAGUGAAAAUUCAGAUUGUUUCGAUGAUGCAGAAGCAGUUUUGAGCUUGUUGAGUGAGCAAGUGAGUGAGGAAUGUUUUGGUGGUAGAGUGAGAAGUGGGUUUUCUUUUGAGAGUGUGGAAGUGAACAAGAGAGGGAGUUUCAGUGGUGGAGAGAGAAAAUUGAGUUCAUCUAAGAGAGUGGAUGUUGAGCAGGGAGGGAACUUUGAUGUUAGAGGGAGAAAGGUGAGUUUAUCUAAGAGAGUGAUUGUGGAUAAAGGAGGGAGAAAUUGUGGUGGAGAGAGAAAUGUGACUUCAUCUUCUAAGAGAGUGGUGGUGGAUAAGGGAGGGAGUAUUAGUGGUGGAGAUAGAAAUGUGACUUCAUCUAGGAGAGUGGAGGAGGAGAAGAGAGGGAACUAUGGUAAUGAAAGUUAUAGAGGGAAGAAAAAAAAUGUCGAGUCAGCUUCACAAGAGAGUUAUUCAAGGCAUAACUUAGAGCCAGUCAUACUUGAGUCGAGGGAUGAGGAUUGUUGUCAGAAUGAGGAAAGGGAAACGUUUUUAAGGAGUGACAAUCGUAAAGGAAGAAAAGGGGGUUCUAGUUGUUCAUCUUAUUACUCAGUUUUAUCUUCUGGGGAUUAUGAGAGUGAUAUGGAAGUCCAGGAAAAUCAGGGGCAAUUUGUGGAAAAGUUGUCAAGUGGGUAUACGGACUCAGGAAAGAGUGAUAAGGAUAGAUCUGAGAGGAACAUGGAAGCAGAGUACAAGAGGCAAAAGGAUGAUGCAGAGGGACAGGGGGGAAUCUCAGAACAAAGAAAUGCUGCAGUGAGGAAUGGAGUUGAGUGGGAUUGGAGGAAGAAGUCAGAGAAAAAGCUUACUGAAAUAAUGGUUGAAGAAACACAGUCUAGGAAAGAAUCCUCUCAAAUGAAUGUGCAAGCGUCAAGCUCCCAUGAAAGUGAUUAUGGAAAGUCAUCUAGUUCCCAUAGCCAAAUCAAGGAGGAAGAAGAGAAUUCAAAAUCGGCAAUGAAUUUGUAUAAAGGAACAAGAAAGCAAUAUGGUCAAAUAGGGAAUCAAGUCAUUGGAGUAUCAAAAUCUGGAAGAAAAUACCAGGAACUUACAGAACUAGGUGAGUUCCCUGCCAGUGAUAUUGAGACAACUUCCUUACAAAAAAGAUCCAGUGUUAGGGAAGGGAACAUAGUGAUAGCUGCAAAUUUGGUACAUGAAACCAGAGAUGAACAUUACAAAACAGUAGGCCUUAUCACUGGAAAUGACAAGCUAAAAAGAAGCUCCCAUCAAGUCACUGAAAUGUCAGAAAUGCAAGAUGUAAACACUGGAAGGACUUCUGAUGGGCAGAGGGAAUCUGAUACUAGAAUGAAAAAACAGGAAGAAAAUACAACUUUGGUAUUGAGUUCAGCUCAGCAGAUGGAGCAGCCCUGCCAAACUGGUGAAUGGAUCAGUGAACAGAUUGACUCAGGAAGAAAAUCCCAGCGUGUCACUGAAAUGUCAGAAUUCCAUGACAGUAAUAUUGGCAAGGCCUCCAUUAUGCAGCAGGAAACUAGAUUGAAUAAUAAGAAAAAAAAAUCAGACUUGAUUUCCAUAUCAAAUCCAGAAGCAAAACAGUUAUGUCCCAAAAUAGAUCAAAAAGCUCCUCAGAGAAUUCAAUCCAGAAAAGGAUAUGAAGAUGUCAGUGUCAUGUCAGUGGUUCAUGCCAGUGAUGUAGAAACUGUUACAGAUCGAAGAACUUCUGAAAGGAGAAUUAAUCAAAACAGUAAUUUGACCUCACUUGCAACACCAGUUGGGGAAACAAGAGAAAGGUAUAAUCAAACUGAUGAAACGGUCUUGCAAAUUGUAUCAAUAAAAGAGGCUCAAAGACCUACUAAACCAUUGGCUUUUCAUGAAGAAACCUCAGAAGAGGCCUCUAAUUUCCAAGCGUCAGUGAAUUUGGUUUCCCAGGGUCAAGUACAACAGAUUGAUGUGGAGGAGGCAGAUAAUAGAAGCUCACAGGCAAUGGUAAUGCCUCCACCAUCUCAAUUGAUAUCUAGAGGUUCACUGCAUGUUGAGGUGACUGGUGGGAAUGAAACCCAAGAGACUUCAGGGGAAGCUUCAGAAAGAGGUUCUAGUGAUCAUUAUACACGUUCUGGAGGCAGAAUUUUAGCUUUGCACCACGAACCAUAUGGCAGAGAUGGAAGCAGUGAGUGUUAUGGGGAUGCUCUGGGUUCAGCUGAUCGUUUAGAGAAAUCAUCCACGCAUUAUGUUGGUGAGUUUCUAGAGAAUGUAAGGCAAGAAGUUUUGACUUCAGAAAUCCAGAAGGAGAAGAAAGAUUCUGAGAUGAAGUUGGUAUCUGGCGAGAAGUACAGGCAAAAGAGUUCAAGUCAAUUUGGUUCUGGAGACUCUCAGUUGAGAGAGCGUAAGUCAAGGCAUCCAUCUGGGGGUUCCGGAACAAAGGGUCCUUCUGAUGAAAUAUGGGAUGUAACAGACUCGUCUAUUCAGAAAACCCCCCAGACAGAAGGAUCAGAGGACACUACAACAACUGGGAAUGCCAUUAUGAAGAGAUCUGGCAGGUCCUUGUGGGGUAUCAUUGCAGAUGUUUUUCGACUAAGGUGGGUAUCACAUUCUGAAUCCCCGCAUUCUGUCACAAGGUCAGGUAGAAGGAGUUUGUCAAACAAGUCCGCUAGUAGUGAGACAUUGUUUUCUGGCCGUGAGCAUGAAGAAAAUGAUCAAGAGAAUGCACAGAAGGAAAAAAGAAGCAUGCCUGCAGAAGUAAUGUCUUCUGAUCAGCAACUGCGUGGUAAAACUUCUCUUCAAAGUCAAGGAGAAGCUUGUGACACAAUGAGAUCAAAGGAUAAAAUAAGUUAUCUUGAAGGAGAUACAUCAUCUUUAGGUACAUCAGAAAGUGGGUCAGCGUCAAAAGGAUUUUCCUUAGCUUCUGGAGAGGAAAAUGUUAAUGAAGAUGCAAAGGGUUUUCAUGGUGCCCCUUCUGGCAUGGAAGUAGCAGGACCACUAAUACCAUCACCUACUGGGGGCAUAAGAAGAUCUGCCAUUGUAGAUGAAAUUUCAAAGACCAGUGAAACGGCUGCAUCUGAAUAUGGCUCAAUGGAGCAGGUAGCGGAACCUGUUAGUGUGAGAUUGUCUGAAAUCUCAGAUACCGAGGGAAAGGAUGGGGAAUUGCAACAAAGGAAGCUUCAUCGGAACAAGCAAGUCCCAAGAGAUAGAUUUGAUGAAUGGGAAGAAGCAUAUAAACUAGAAAGUGAGCAGAGGAGAAUUGAUGAAAUCUUUAUGAAGGAGGCACUGUUGGAAGCCAAGAAGGCUGCUGAUUCUUGGGAGGUGCCAGUUGGGGCUGUGCUUGUGCAGCAUGGGAAAAUUAUUGCUCGUGGAUGCAACUUAGUAGAAGAGUUACGGGACUCCACUGCCCAUGCAGAAAUGAUGUGCAUACGGGAGGCUUCAAACUUGCUUCGGACUUGGAGGCUUUCAGGGACAACACUCUAUGUAACGCUUGAACCAUGUCCCAUGUGUGCUGGUGCAAUACUCCAAGCAAGAAUCAACACUCUCGUAUGGGGAGCUCCCAAUAAACUUCUUGGAGCUGAUGGCAGCUGGAUUAGGCUUUUUCGGGAUGGUGAAGAAGGUGGAAAUGGCACGGAAUUGCCAGAUAAGCCAGUUGCUCCUGUCCACCCAUUCCACCCAAAAAUGACAAUUCGCCGAGGGGUGUUGGCAUCUGAGUGUGCAGAUGCAAUGCAGCAAUUUUUCCAGCUGAGGAGAAGGAAUAAAGAAAAGAAAGAAGACCCACCUCCUCCACCUGCAUCCCUUCCCGUAUCACACCAUCCAUCAAAAUUUCUUACAAAGAUGCAUGAUAUCUUCCAAGUUUUCUGUUUGUAAUAUGGUUACUGAACCCUUUGUUUUUAGAGCUGUAAAAACUUAGUUGCAAGAGAUGGCUGUCCUUCAAAUCAAAUAAAAUUGAUAUUGUUGAGGGUU